AUGGCUCUUCUAAUGCGGUUUCUCGCAUUGUUCACGACGCUGCUAUCAUAUGCUAACGCCAUCUCCAUUACUUCGACCAAAUACUAUAAUAUAAGCAACGAUGUGGAAGGUUCGGUCCACCUGAACGGCCUCGCCUUCCAACAGAGCGCUCUCACGACAUUCGGCGAUUAUCAAUACGUUACCUUCUACAAGACCGCCAGCGGAUAUGGAAAACACUACGUUAACCUUGGCCGACGUCGCAUUGCACCAUCUGUCGGUGACUGGCAAUACUUUGCCUUCACUGACUACGAGCAGCAUACGCUGGAUGAACACAACACAAUUAGCAUGGGAAUAAGCGGCGACGGGAAAAUACACCUAAGCUUCGACCAUCACGAUGUACCGCUAAACUAUCGCGUCUCAACGUCUGGCGUCGCGAAAACUAUACCUUCAGAUUGGAGUAUGAGCACUUUUGGUGGUUCGGUCCAACACAGCCUACCCGGAUCUUCAGGCCCAUGGACGCCGCUCACUUAUCCGCGCUUCGAGCGACUCGCGAAUGGUGACAUGUUGAUGGAAUUCCGCAUCGGCCAAUCAGGCGCUGGCGACUCAUACGUUCAUCGCUAUUCCAGCACUUCCGGUCAAUGGAGUAACGUGGGGAAAUACCUUCAAGGCCAGGAUAACAACGCUUAUAUCAACGGAGUCACCUCCUCAAAUGGCAAUCUUUACGUUAGCUGGACGGUCCGAGAGACGCCUGAUGCGAGCACGAAUCACGACUUUUACUUCGCUCUCUCAGAAGACGAUGGGAGGACGUGGAAGGCCACCAGCGGUAAUUCCGUCUCAAAGCCGAUCACUCCUUCGACUGCUGGCAUCAAAGUAUACACGAUUCCUCAGAAUAGUGAGAUCAUGAACCAGGAAGCGCAAACCGCCGAUGAAAAUGGCCGCUUCCACGCGCUCAUGCGCGACAAGUCGUCUGGAACUGCCCGCUUCUACCACUACCUGCGCACAUCCACUGGCACCUUUAGCAAAACAGCGAUAAAUGCUCCGGGACUAUCCAACCCUCCUUAUCUCGCCUACAGAGGAAAGCUAGCUGCGAAGGGCGACAGUCUCAUCGCAAUUCUGCCUGAUGCGCCAAAGAAUACAGUCACUCUUUGGGGUGCGACCGCCGAAGGGAAUUACCAAGACUGGAAGCUCAUGGCCACGAUUAUCAAUAUGGCUGGGGAACCGCAGGUGGAUGAAGAACGGCUAGCGCAGAAUGGCGUGCUGAGCGUUUUUGUGCGUCAGGGUGGACCUUUUGGAGAGAGGAAGGUGCAGGUGUGGGACUACGAACUGCAACUGUGA